GUUUCCUUCGGCUACUUCAUGACCAUGAUCAUGUCGACAGUAUCAAAGGCGUAUUCAACUGGAAUACAGCUCAAUUCUUUGACAAUCACGAUGUAUGAUGGUAACGUUGAAAACCAUUACAUGUCUAUAUCGAUACAUCCAACUGGAAAGGCUCCGGACUCCCGCUCGCCAUGAGCAGCUGACCUUCGGCCGUUUCUGGAGAGAUAUAAGACCACCUUAGAAUCAGCGAAGAAGAGUCCUUGAGCAGUGCUACUUUCACCAACUGCAAUGAGUCAAAUCAAAGACGUAGAGGUGUUCCGUGUGCCACCGCGCUGGGUAUUUCUACGCAUUGAGACAUCGGACGGUCUGGUUGGCUGGGGUGAAGCAACGCUGGAAGGUCACACAGAAGCCAUUGAAGGAGCUCUGGAUGCCCUUCGCCAGACCUUCGUUGGGUGGGACGCUGACAGAGUACAGGAUAUCUGGCAACAUGCCUAUCGGUCGAAGUUCUAUCGAGGCGGUCCAGUACUCAUGUCAGCAUUGUCUGGUGUGGAUAUCGCAUUAUGGGACAUUAAAGGGAAGAAGCUAGGUGUUCCCGUCUGGCAGCUCCUCGGUGGGAAGGUUCGAGACAAGGUCAAAGUGUACGGUUGGAUCGGAGGAGAUACUCCAGAAGAUAUUUAUCAAAGCGCCACUGUCCGCAAACAACAAGGGUUUACUGCUGUCAAGAUGAACGGGACUGGACAGAUUGAUUGGAUUGAUUCCCCUCAUCUUCUUGACGGUACUGUCGAACGCGUGAAACAAGUUCGAUCCCUCGGUUUGGAUGUCGGUGUCGACUUCCAUGGUCGCGUUCAUAAAGGCAUGGCCAAACAGUUAGCAAAAGCGCUAGAGCCUCUUCAGCUACUGUUUAUUGAAGAACCUCUCCUUCCUACUCAACCAGAAGAAAUUGCUGACCUUUCUCGCCAAGUUUCGACGCCAAUCGCUCUUGGGGAACGUCUGUAUACGCGUCAUGAUUUUCGACCGUACUUGGAACGCAGAGCGAUCGAUAUAGCACAACCAGACGUAUCUCAUUGUGGUGGCAUAAGCGAACUUCAUCGGAUCGCCUCGCUCACCGAAACAUAUGAUGUUGCCCUUGCCCCUCAUUGUCCCAUAGGCCCAAUUGCGCUGGCGGCUUGCAUGCAAGUCGACAUUACUGUACCAAAUUUUGUCAUCCAAGAGAUGAGCUGGCAGAUUCACUACAACCAAGGUGCUGAUCUUAUGACGUAUCUUGUUGAUCCGAAAGUGUUUGCAGUAAAAGAUGGUUACGUGGAUGCGCUUGAAGGACCAGGACUGGGCAUAGAAGUAAACGAGUCCCUCGUGCGAGCAGCGGCUGCAAAAUAUAAGAACGAAAUCCCGUGGCGAAAUGAGGUAUGGAAAGGACCUGAUGGGUCUCUUCGAGAAUGGUAGUCUAAUACGUCUUGAGGGUUGACGGGAUUUACAGUGAGUUUAAAUGAGCUAAUUUGCUGUUGUCGCUUGAUCAAGUUUGUCUUCAGUCAAAUUGUUCACUCGCGCUUAGGAUGCAUAUUGUAACGCACAUCGAGUCUGAAUUUCUGAGCCUUUAUAGUUUGCGUUGCGUGGCAGCACGUGCACAGCAUCGCGUCGUCAUUCCCUUUGGUAGGGAAGCGUACGCCACGCAAAUGCUUAAUUGCAGUGUUGUUAGUCCAAAAUCAACCUAGGAAGCUGUUUUAUGGUAUGAAAUUGCGGCUGUGACUUGACAGAUAGAUC